AUGAAAAUCGAUAAGCGCGCUGACGAUGUCAACGACGACGUCUGUUACGGGUACAUGCGUUUGACACACACAUUGGCAGUAUGCUGUGGAUUACCCAUCACUCGCAGGCGAACCGACGGUGUCGGCGAACACUACGAUGGAGACUCGGACGAAGUACGAGCUACCAACGGUAUUACCAUAUCGUUACGGCUGGACAUAUCGUUACAAAAAACUGUCCAACGUCGACGUCGAUUAGAAAACAAAGUGACCAUAGUAAAAACUAUAAAUAAUUUAUUGUCUCCUCGGUUUUUCGAGCCCACAGGACACAAGUACGCGUUCGACUGGCGCGUCGUGCACGUGUGGCUGGCGUACGCGACCCUGGACGCGUUUAUCAUAUACUACAACUACCUGGAAGCUUCCGGUUACGUCGGCGCGUCGUUCCGGAAGUGUUUCGAGGAGUCGUACUGCUUCGCGGUCAUCGAGCUGGCCAACCGGAACCUGGGCCCGUUCUCGACGUUGGCGUGCGCCAUGUUCUACGGGCGCCGGCACAAGGCGGCCGCGCUCGCCGGCACGGAGCGCGUGCUGGCGUUCAUCCGGGAAACGGACCGGGACGCGGCCGCGCUGCUGUCGCCGGCCGCCAAGUACUACUCGGCCGCGAUGAUCGUCGCGUACUCGGCGCUCAUAUGGAUGUACACGGCGGCCGUACCGGUGACCGUCAUAUUUUUGUACAGCGCCAACGCGCUGAGCCAGAUAGCCGUCUACAGCCUGGCCACGUUCCAGUACUACGUGCUGGGCCACGGUUACGCGCGCAUCGGCCAGCUGCUCGAGUCGGACGCGGCGGGCCGGGACGCGCGCCGGUCGCUGGCCGCGCGCGUGGCCCGCCUGGCCCGGGUGUCCGACGAGUUUGGCCGGCAGGCGGGCCACCUGAAUCGGGCGUACUCGGCGGCCCUGUUGCUCAAGUGGCCGUACACCGUCGUCCGCAUCACCAUGGUCGUUUUCCGCAUCAUCGAGCUGUGGGCCGCCGCGCAGAGCAGCCUCCCGUUCGCCCGCGUGGCCGCCGUACUCGUCGUCGAGCACGUGGGCGAGAUAUUCCUGUUCCUGGUCCAACUGUCGUAUUUCUGUUACGCGGGCGCCCGUCUGUCCAGUCAGGCUAACAGGACUGCAGCGAGCUUACAAAAAUUUAAACUUCAACAUAGAUCUCACAUGGACUUGGAUCUUAAAAAAACGAUUAACAUUUUUUGGAUACAAUUAAAUGCUAGGAAAAUAAAUUCAACAAUUGGAGGAUUUUUUAUUGUUAAUAUGGACCUAAUGAAAGCUAUAUGCGGUGUCAUUGCAACAUAUUUCCUAGUACUAAUUCAAUUCAAAAGUCAAAAAGGAAAAUCCAAACCUUUGUAUCACAUUUGGAAUUAG